AUGACCGACAACACGGCGCCUGCUCCGACGCACAAGCCGCGCCGGCUAUUCACGCGACUCGCUCCCGCAUUGGUCCAUCUCGUCAAUGAUCGUUUCGACGAGGAUCAGUACGAUCAGGCCGUCGAGCUACUCGAGCAGCUGCGAGUUGAAGGUGUCAGGCCUCCACAGAGCUUGAUCCAGAAGCUGUUGGCACUCAGUCUCUGUUCGCUAGCACCUGGUCAGAUCGCCUCCAGCUCCAGAUGGACCCUCGACCACCAGCUGCACGAUAUUGCAGCUCGACUCUCGACCCAGCACAAAGGCAGCAGGGGCGACAGCAAUGUGAUGAAAGCCGCCUCGGCCACCUCGGACAGACCCUCGGAGUCUGCUGUGCUCAAGGCUUCGUCGUUGCUCGUCAGGUACGCUCAUCCCGGCGCCCGCACAUGUGCAAAAGACACGAAGGGGAAAUCUGCAGCUGAGCGCGAGGCCUCUUUGCUUGCUCGUCACGUACUCGAGUCGCUCCCUUCACAGAGGAAACCGCUGCAAUCCUCGAAGUCAGUCUCUCCCGACACAUCACGACGAAAGCGCCGCGGUUCUGAGCGACCCGACGACAGCGAACACGACGGAUCUUUUGAUGCCAGCCCCCUCGAGCAGUGGAUUCGCGACCGACUUUAUGAGUCAUCGGAUGUAUGGGAUCUGCUCAGUGGUCGACGAUUCUCACACGUCGCGGAGGGCGAGGAGGCCUCUCUUGGUCGAGUCAGCGAGUUCUGGAUGAACAACUCCGAGCGUAAACGGUAUCAGAAGCAGUUGCAAGCUCGCGCAUCAAGCGACCAACGCCUCGAAGACCGUCUCAAGGACAUCCGAUGGAAGAAGCUCAAUGGUGCGCUCAACAGCGACUCAUCAGACUUGGACAGCGACGACGCUACGGACGAGGAGAAUCCAAACCUCAAGUUCCCUGUCGGUGCACUCAAACGGUCCGAAGAACCCAGCGGCAAACGCAAGGCCCCGCCUUCCCCGGGACAGCCCGUCAAGCGCCGUCCGCACACAAGCAAGUCGGAAGGCCCGUUCCCAAGGCAGGACGAGCAACAUCCGACCAUGGUCAAAUUGACCGAGGGCGCCUGGCGUACACUCUCUGUUCUCCUAUGCCUUUGGGACCUGGCAUCACCUCAACCUACAGUCCCAAACAUCGAAAGCAGCCCCUUGUCCGAUAACGAGCCGCCUCUUUUGUGGCAAUUCCCGCACAACCAUCAACCGGGACGCAACGGUCGCUUGACUUCGAAUAUUCCACCCAGCGGCCAUGCUACCGCUGAGAUCGAUAGGGCGUUGGACGUCGCAUUCUCGUUCCCGGAAAUCUUACCGGCUUACACGUCUGUCUCCUUGGCUGGAUCUGCGGUGGCGAGCAACUUGUUCGACAAAGCCAGAUCGAGCGAAACGCGCGGCGACGCUCGGCCCUUCUCGUCCGUACAUGAAGCGGAGCUGCUGCACAGGCAAGAAGUGGGUGGUCAGAAGCAAGAGGGUCUGACAGCGGCUCGUGCCGACACUGCUGCAUGGCUUCUUGUGUCCAUGUACGAUUUGGCCAAAUUCGGCUAUAUCAGCGCCGCCGCACUGAUCGAAGGCAUGUCAGAGAGGAUGUACGCGCUCCAGGCUAACGAGAUGCAACACCUCGUCGUUCCACUACUCAUCAAGGAGCCCUACCUGGUCGCUAGUGUGCUUGCUCGCUCUCUGACCGACACGACCCUGACGCGUCCCGAUAAGAAGCGAACACCAGACCUCGUUCAAUUCUGCUUUGACGGUCAAGGUACCGUGAGCAUGGAUGCGUCGUUGGCGUAUGCGAUGCCGCAGGAAAACUCAUCAAUCGACCUUCUGCGCAAGGCUAUUCGACACCGGGACCGCGACGCAAGGGCUGUCCUGCACUUCUUAUCGCUGAACAAGCUCGAUCUUGACAAUGCCGCUGAUUCGACUUUGCCGUUGUCACUGCCCACCAGGUCAGAGAGUCGCAAGCAAUCUGUAGUACGAAAGCAGAGUCGACGCCACAUCAAGAUCGAACCCGACCCGCGCAAGAAGGCGAAGAUGACACUCAAGCUAGAGAGUUCCGCUGCUGCUGUCGCUGUGGUGACGGAUGAGAUGAAGAAGGGCGGUUUGGUGGCAUUUGCGAGUGUGCGCACAUUGCAGAUGGAAGCGCGGGCCCGCAUCGAUCAGAUCAAAUUCUUCCUCGCACAGGCAAUAUUCUCGGGGCACGCAGCAAGUCUACGUCAAGAUAACAAGCUGGAGGCUGCCAAGUCUACCAGGAAUACGACGGCGGAACCUGCUCAGGCCUCGAAGCAACCGGACGUCGAGAUUGCCGAAGCCAAGCGUGCAUCCCAACAUAAAAACCUACAACUGUUUCUGACACGGCUCUACAAGGCGCUCGAGCACGAUGUAGGCGAUUUCAGGACUUGUCUCGCGGCUAUGAAGACACAUCUCAGCAAGGACAGCGCAAAUCGACGCCGGAAGAACCUGGCUGACCUGAUCGAAUCUACCAGCAUCGACAGGGACGCCUCUGUGGCGCUGCCCUCAUUUGACGUGAUGGUGGAACGAUGCCAAAAAUGCGUGGCUGUCACGCAGGACCUGGCUCACACCGCACGAAUGCUGCUCGAAUCCACCAAGCUGAUGUGA